UACCUGCAAAGUCCGGAUACAGAUCUCGUCAUUUACUCAUCAAAUAACGUCAGAAACAAGUGCCGUCUAAGAUGGGUGGAUGUAUCGACUGCUACCUAGACAUUGUGUCAUUCUACAGCUAUGUAGGAUAUGCGAACUUGAGGCAGAACAUGAGCAAACUUGCUGCUCAUGGGGUUCAAGUAAACUUCAUCCCUGUCUUUUUGGGCGGCAUUAUGCAGACAUCAGGAAACCGUCCUCCAUGGGUUCUCAAGGCCAAGGGGAAAUAUCUUGCUAGAGAUUCAUUCCGCGCUGCUGAGCGUCUUGGAGUUCCCUAUCAAGGCUCACCACCCGAUAUCUUUGCCAUCGCAAAGACCGUGUCACCUCUCCGCGCCCUACACUUUAUCAAGGACAACUACUCAGAGUCAACUUAUCUCGCUGCAAUCCGGUUCCUGUUCCACAAGAUCUGGCUGCCUCCUCAUGUCAAUCUUGCAGAGGAUGAGAAGCUUAUUGCAGCUCUCAAGGAAGCAACGGAUGAGCUAGAUGGAGGGUCUGGCAAGAAACUGUUCUCUGAUGAGGAUGUUGAGAAGAUCAUGAAUGGAAGAGAGAGCAUGAAGGAGAGGGUCAAAGAUCUUACUGGUGAAGCGGUUCAGAAGGGCGCUUUUGGAGCUCCUUGGUUGAUCGUGACCCGCGAUGAUGGCAAGUCUGAGGCGUUCUUUGGAAGUGACAGAUUUAACCAUAUUUACCGGUUUUUGGGGGUUCCUUUCAAGGAUGUUGAGAUUUUGCCUCCAUCAAAAUUGUGAGGAUAGUCUCACUCGAUACCUAGAUACCUUUACUUAACCUUGGGCCAUUAACAGAUGGAAUUCAUAAGCCUCGGACUGGAUUUGUACCAACAACGACGACAGAAUUUAAUAUAAAUGAAACGAAACACGAUCUAUUAAUUAAAAGCCUAA